AUGGCGGGACGUGGAAAGGCGGACUCGUGGAAGGCUGACGUGGGAGGCGGGACCGUGGAGGCUGGACCGUGGAAGCGCGGACUGGAAGGCGGACAAACCAACACUUCCGAGUGGCGGGAAAUCCUCGAGACGAACAUCCUGGGGCUGAGCGUGUGCACUCGCGAGGCCCUGAAGAUCAUGAAGGCGAAGGAGGUCGCUGACGGCCACAUCAUCCACAUCGGAAGGUUUAGUUUUAAACCCCGUUCCGAGUACUCUUCAUAUAAUUUUCGCAGCAUGUAUAGAGCAUCACUUCAUCUACAGCGAACACCUGAUCAUCUGCUAAAUAUUCACGAGAUCAUCAUCAACGUUAUCCAUGAUAUUAUUGUGAAACCAGUGGGAGAAGAAUUUUGAUUAAAAAAAAUGUUUAGACCAGUGUGAGUUGACGUAGUUCCUGUGUAAUCUAAUGUCAAAGACUGAUAAAUGUAAUCUAAUGAAUUUAUUUCAAAAUUAAUUUUUAACAUGUAUAAUAUUCUAGAAAUAUGUUACAUAAUACAGUUAUCACAAUAUUGUUUACUGAGCAAUUGAUAUUGGCUACUCAAUUUUGGUAACAUUCUUUAUAUCAUUGGUAUUAAAAAUUAUUCUAAAAUUAAUCUGAUUUUUUUAAAAUAU